UGUGCUCUGUAAUAAUCUACAAUUACAGCCCAGGCUGCCUCCAGUCUCUGCCAGCUCUGCUGCGAUCAGCGUCUGCACUCCGGAGGAUCCCAGGUACAGGUCACAGGGAUGAUAUGAGGCUCUACAGAUGGGGGUUUCGUCCACCAACCUUCGCAGGUUGAGGCUGGGGAAGUUGAAAAUUGUACGCCGACGUCUCCUGCAGCAUUAUGAGCAUCAGCCGUUCAUCUCUUUGCUGGCAGGCCUCUACAGCUGUAGGUGGAAGCGGUACCAGCGCCAGAAGACUGAGCCUGGGCAGUGGUGCUGCCAAUGGAAGGAGAAUGUGUUCUUCUUCUUCCUGAUCAGUACGUUCUGCCUGGCUCUGGUCUUCUUGUAUUUCUGGGGAGAAGCAAAGAAUGACUACAAUGAUUUUGAUUGGUACACCUAUCGUAAUCUGGGUUACUGGUUCCUGUGGUCUGUACUGAUCCUGGCUGUGGUGGCUGUUUUGUUUACAUAUGUUGCAAUAUUAGUGGUUUUAGCAGUAUGUUUGUUGUCAGAAGGACAGCAACUCUAUCUACACUGGUGUCACAAGGCUGGGUCGCUGGUUGUUCUUGUGUUUUUUAUUGCCGCUCUUGCUGCCCUUUCUAAUUUAUGGGGUGAAGAAUGGUCCGCUGUUCGCCUUUCCUUCCAGGUGACGGCUCCGUACCUGCACAUUGGUUCCCUGGCAUGCAUGACCCUACUGUCCUGGCCAGUGGCCCUAUAUUUUGUCCGGAUGAAUAAAAUAAGCUCCCAGCUGAUUAUAGUGGGUCCGUAUCUCGCUGUGUUACUGUUUCUGUAUUUUAUCCCUCUUGGAAUGUACUCACCCUGCAUCAGAGAGGAAGGAACACUGGGAGCCAAACCUCUGCUGAUUGGGCACAGGGGGUCACCAAUACUGGCACCAGAAAACACCAAGAUGUCGUUUGAAAAAACGAUUGAGCACGAAGGAGACGGCCUGGAGACGGACGUCACGAUCAGCUAUGACGGGGUCCCGUUCCUCAUGCAUGACAGCACUUUGAAGAGAACAACAAACGUCCAAGAGGUUUAUCCCAACCUGACUAAGGCCAACGCCGCCAUGUUGCCCUGGGACCUGUUGGAGACUCUUAAUGCCGGGAAAUGGUUCACACAGAAACCACCGUUUUCCUCCAUGGAUCCUCUUUCUGAUGAGGACCAGCAGACCGCCAGGAACCAGUCCAUCCCUAAGCUGAGUGACUACCUGAAGCUUGCAGAACGUGCCAAUAAGACAGUGCUCUUUGACCUGUACCGCCCCCCGAAGGAUCACCCCUACAGGGAUUCCUGGAUUAAUCGCACGCUGGACGUUAUUAUCAAUGAGACUACUAUUGAUCCCAAGCUGGUCUUGUGGCUGGCGAGCGACAUGCGGCCCUUUGUACAGACGAUCGCUCCGGGGUUUCAGCAGACGCAAGGUUUUAAGGCAUCCGUGGAAGAACUGGUCAGCAAUCGCAUAGUGAAACUCAACUUGCCUUACAGCGAAAUGUCCCAGCGUGAUAUCAGAAUGUAUGCUGCUGCCAAUAUAACUACCAACUUUUAUGUGGUCAGCGAGCCUUGGCUGUACUCCCUGGCCUGGUGUGCCGGAGCCUAUUCAGUUACAACAAACACCGUAAGAACGCUCAAGAGGAUGGAAAAGCCCAUGUUCCUGCUGACUCCGGCUCAGUACAGUCUAAUGUGGAUUCUCACAGAUAUCAUUUCGGCCUUCCUGAUCGCUCUGAUUUUUGUUCUGCACUGGUGGAGAGAGCGGGGAUUUUCCUGCUGCCCAGAAAGUAAUGAGGUUGCUGAUGCCGGAUUCUACAAUACGUUCAAAACUGAGAUGGACAUGUCGGUGUCAGAGGAAAGUUAUGGAAGGAGUCUGCCUACCACCCCAAAUGCAAGAUCCAACGCUGACAACAUGAGCUCUGCAGAAAUUGCCUGAGAAGGCCAGUCCAUCCAUCUUUGUAUGGGGCCCCUUCAUGCCUCGUGUUAGGUGCCUGGGAAUGGAUAUGUAGCAUUGCAGCUGCUUCUUACACACAAAGGAGGAGGCCAACAUGAGACUGAACCAGUACCUGAGAUAUAAUGUGAAAUCCAGAUCAUUGUUCUGUGCAUAGGCCUUUCUUUAACGAAAAUGUAAAUUGAAGUGCCACACAACUGCUAAACGGUCACAAUACUACUUUGUUACAAUAAAAGUCAGGAGGGUAAUCAUGUAGAGUAGCCAACAUGUUCUGGGGGUCCAAAAAAUGCCGCUCUUCAUGAGGGCUUGAGAUCACAGACAAUGUGAAUGGCUGCCAAAACCAGCUGCA